UUCAUUCUCGUACGAUCUUUCCUUCCGCUUGCAACGACAUGAGCUCGAAACUGUUGGUGUGCUUGCUCUUGGGAGCUGUGAACGCUGUCCCUCAGGGAUAUGGCCCCCCUCCCCGCCCUUCGUAUUCCGCCCCAGGGGGUGGUCCUUCCGGCCCUGUGAUCCCCAUCCUUGUGGAUAACCGAGAUGGCCCCGAUGCCUCGGGGGCCUACCGCUUCAACUUCGAAACUGGCAACGGUAUCAGUCGUCAGGAACAGGGCGCUGGUCGAGGACCUCAGGGCGCCGUUGUCUCUCAGGGAGGAUGGUCAUUCACUUUUCCCGACGGCACCCCAGCCACUUUUAAUUUCGUAGCUGACGAAAAUGGGUACCGCGUCGAAUCACCCCUUCUCCCAACUCCCCCUCCUCUUCCCCCCCACGCCAUCGCCCAGAUCGAAAAGGCUCGUCAGGAGGACGCAGCCGCUGCUGCAGGAGGAAGACGCCCACAGUACGGCGCCCCUGCGCCACCCAGCCAAGGUUACAGCUUCCGUUAAAUUACUCCAUUCCCCUCCCAGACUGAUCACCCUCCCGCUAAUGUGUCUCCAGCGUUGACUGCCUUCAGAAAAGUUAAUUCCUCUGAGGAUUAUGAAAAAGAGUAUUCAAAUUCCGGCUCGUCCUUUCUCUCUCGAACGGCCUUGAAGGAGGCGUUCCAUUCAUCGUCGGAGGAACGUGCUUUAUGAACGCACCCCCACCUGGAGUACACCGUUCUUGACCCACCGCUGCCACAGUUCACGAGAUGUUAAUCUGUCUUCUCUCUUCGUUUUCCCCAGCCUUCAAUUCAUUCACGGAUUCUUCGUUGACGCUUAUUUAUAUUUAUGAUGGAUUGUGAUAUAACAUGUUUUUAAUAAAAACGCUACUCGA